AGUGUGUCCGGUGGCGAGUGCAUGCCAGAGCGAGCCAACAAGGCUUUGUGUAAGGCGCUAGGACGAAAGAGCGAACGAGCGAGAGAGAGAGAGAGAGAGUGUGUGGCUGAAAGUUUAAAGAAGCCAAAGUUCGCGUUCUUCGCGAUCGCCAAUUUCGCAUUUUCGCGAUCCCCUCACGUCCCUACAUUCCUGUGUAGGGGUGAUCGCGUGGAAUAAAUUCGUAAACAGCCGAAGAAAGAGAGAGAGAAAGAGCGAGAAAGGCAAAUAAAAAAACGAACCUUUGUGUGGUUGUGCAGCGGAUAAAUAAACUUUCGCGCACGCAAGAACGGAAACGAAGUUCGAAGUUCGCAGGAGAAAGUUAAGUGAAGCGAAAGAAAGAGAGAGAGAAAGACCUUUUUGUGGGUGUAUUAUGUGUUCGCGGUUGGUUUGCUAAAAAGGACGCGCCCUCCGCCCCCGCAACCUUCCCGUUGUGCAGGACUUCCACACUUCCACCGUGUACCACGCGUUCCGCCUCGCAAGGGUGGACGAAAGAGGCCUCUAUAUGGGUGUACUGAACGUGACCAGUUCCGGUGCCGCUAUCGUCGAGUGCCAGCAGCAGCAGCAGCAGCAACAGCAGCAGAACAAGAAAAACGACACAAUCUUCUCACCGAUUAAGAACAAGAUGAAGGUGCUGAAGAAGAUCAAGAAACGGAUGGGACUAGCCACGAGAAGCGCAUCGUCCUGUCCCGGGCCGAACAAUCUGCCCCCGUUGCAGUUCCACACCGUGCACGGUGACAACAUCCGGAUCUCGCGCGAGGGCACCGUCGCCAAGCGGUAUGAGUCGUUCUGCAAGGGCAUCACGUUCAGUGCCCGACCAGUGCGUGUAAACGAGCGCGUUUGCGUGAAGUUCCUCGACAUCUCGAACAACUGGAGCGGCGUGAUCCGGUUCGGGUUCACGUGCAAUGAUCCGGCUUCACUGCGAGGCAACCUGCCUAAGUACGCCUGUCCGGAUCUGACGAACAAACCCGGCUUUUGGGCGAAAGCACUCAACGAGCGAUACUGCUACCGGGGCAAUGUGCUGUUUUACUACGUCACACCGUCCGGAGAUGUGCACUUUGGCAUCAACGGUGAGGAGAAGGGCGUUUUCAUCACGGACGUGGACGCCCGCGGUCCACUGUGGGCCGUGAUCGACGUUUAUGGCAACUCGACCGCGAUCGAGUUCCUUGACUCGCGCAUCUACAUGUUCCAGGCUCAGCAGCAGCAACAUCAGCAGCAGCAGCAGCAGCAACAGCAACACCAUCAGCAGCAACAUCAUGGCCAUCCACAGGGUCAGACACGUCGUCCGACGGAGCAGGAAAUCUCUGUGCCACACCUGGAGUCGCUUAGCAUCAACCAGCACAACCAUCAGUUGAUGGAAGAGCGCCCGACAGGAUGUGGAGCACUUAGUCCUUCGACAUCGGCACGAUACCAUCACAAUCCGCCCUCACCGAGCUUGGUUCCGUUGCCGUUCCACCCGGUUCGGGGUCGUAACAUCAAGUUCUCCGCCGAUCGGUAUGUGGCAACUCGGGCAGACACCGAAUUCUGCCAAGGGUACGUGUUCUCACCCCGUCCGAUCAAGAUCGGCGAGAAGCUGAUUAUCGAGAUCCUGAAGACGGACUCGAUCUUCGUGGGUUCGCUCGCACUCGGGCUAACAUCCUGCGAUCCGGCCAGUCUGCAGUUGAACGAUCUGCCUGACGAUUCCGACAUGCUGCUCGACCGACCGGAGUACUGGGUGGUCAGCAAGGACGUGGCUUCGACGCUGGUGCGUGGUGAUGAGCUGUGCUUCUGUGUCACCGUGAAUGGCGAGGUGCAGAUCAGCAAAAACGGUGGUCCACCAUCCGUCGUGAUGCACAUCGAUCAGUCGCUGCAGUUGUGGGCCUUCCUCGAUGUGUACGGAUCCACACAGAGCGUGCGUUUGUUCAGCUACACGAUGCUUUCCCCAACGGUGACUUCUUCGUGUGCCGCUAACCUGUACGAGGCUCGCUCGCAUUCGUCCUUGGCGUCGGUUACGACGGCCGCUACCAGCCAAUCCGUGCGCAGUCUGCACCAGGUGCAGCAGCAAGCGAUGGUUGAAUCGGCAGCACUAGCUGGAGCCAGCUGCAGGACACUUGCCGGUAGCUCCUCCACUACAGCGCUCGUACAGCAAUCGACGACGGCAACCACCGCGACGGCCUCCGUGCGACCCGACAUGAUCCAGAUCAACCCCGGUGGUACGGUGCUGGUCGUAAAUCUACCCCCAGCCGAUGUCCUUUCGCAGCAGCAACAACAAGCGUCACAACCGCAGGCAACUAUCGUGACCCGCGGAUUGACCACGUCCGCUUCGACGCUUUCCGUCCCGCUGUCAACGUUGUCACUUUCGUCCCACACCGGCUCGACCGGUACGGCCAGUGAGCUGAUGGCCAGCAACAAUAACAGCGCCAACUAUGCUGCCAGCAGCUCCGCAUACCCAGAGACGCUCUCCAGCUACAACAACGCGGCCAACUACUCGACGGCGGCCCUCGCGGCCAACGGUGGCAUCUACAGCUCGACAAACUGCGUGGACUGUACGAUCUGCUUCGAGAAACCGAUCGAUUCGGUGCUGUACAUGUGCGGUCACAUGUGCAUGUGCUACGAUUGCGCCAUCAAGCAGUGGCGCGGCAUCGGAGGCGGCCAUUGUCCGCUGUGCCGUGCCGUCAUCCGUGACGUUAUCCGCACGUACAAGUCGUAG